GCACAAUAAGUUGUUACGCUAUAGGUCAUAGAUCGUAGACAGACAAACUUUUCACACGUUGUUAACCUCGUUCUUCAUAAAAAUUGUUUGCCGUUCAAAUUUUCCAAUUUCUCGAAUGACUUGAUAAUGGAGAGCGAGACAAAAUUGUCUGUUCAGCGUUUGUUUUGUUCUGAUGACGGAGUAGAAAAAAACGACCUUUUUAAAGAACAUCGAACAAAAUCUCAAGUACGUGGUCCUUAAAGCCGUUUAUAAGUCAAUAGCAAUUGUGUUUUCGUAUUGAGAUCGUCGAGAUCGAAUAUAUUCAGAUAAGUCGAGUAUAAAAAUCAAAAUUAUUUAUUAGUGUUUUUGUAGUAAAAUUUGUUAUUUUUCCGAUCAAUUUCAUCAUACAAAAUUCUAAGAAGUGAUAGUGUAAUCUUCGGAGGAACUCAUCAGCCGCAGCCAGCACGUCGGAAUGUGACGCUAAAAACCGUCCUGCUAGAUUUCUCGUCUAAUUUAAGGGAAAACGAUACGCAGGUCGUGCGGAAAAGUCGCAACAGUGGAAGUAAUGACGUUGUCAGUAAGAAUAUUACAAGCAUUUUGGAGAAUUUGUUAAAGGAUUACGAGAGUUCGCAGUUGCCUAGCCAUGGAAAAGGCAACCCUACAGUGGUACAAACUAAUAUCCUCAUCAGAAGCAUGGGACCCGUAUCCGAACUAGAUAUGGAAUACUCCAUGGAUUGUUACUUUCGUCAAUACUGGAGAGAUCAAAGACUAUCCUUCGUCGGACCGAUCAAAUCUCUAUCUUUAUCAAUUAAAAUGCUGGAAAGAAUAUGGCGACCAGACACUUACUUUUACAAUGGCAAAAACUCGUAUGUGCACACUAUAACUGUGCCUAAUAAGCUGUUGAGGAUUAGCCAAGACGGAGAUAUUUUGUACUCGAUGAGGUUGACGAUAAAAGCAAAAUGUCCGAUGGAAUUAAGAAGUUUUCCGAUGGACCGUCAAUCCUGUCCACUUAUUUUAGGAAGUUAUGCCUAUACUUCAAAAGACUUGAUUUAUCAAUGGCAAAGCGACAGGAGCGUAACGUUUGUAGCUGGAAUGACUUUGUCUCAAUUUGAUUUGAUCAGUUAUCCUUCUAGGAAUUUUACAUUUAAGCGUAGAGAAGGGGAAUUUUCAGUCUUAGAAGUUAGCUUCAACCUCCAACGACAUACUGGCUACUUUUUAAUUCAAGUUUACGUCCCUUGUAUUUUAAUAGUUGUUCUCUCUUGGGUCUCGUUCUGGAUCCAUCGAGAAGCUACCAGCGAUAGAAUCGGAUUAGGCAUCACGACUGUACUAACUCUAUCAACAAUAAGUUUAGACUCUAGAACUGACUUACCUAAAGUGCGUUACGCUACAGCUCUUGACUGGUUCUUGCUGAUGAGCUUCCUAUAUUGCAUAGCUACUCUGUUAGAGUUUGCUGGUGUUCACUAUUUCACUAAGGUUGGCAGCGGUGAGAUUCCAAUAGACGAAGAUGAAUGGGAAGACUUUAAAGAAACCGAAGAAGAAUUUAUUGGUUCCACUGCAGAUGAUUUACUAGAAACCAUCAGCACCACCUCUGAGAGUCGUAGACGAAGAAGCUCUAUAGUUUGUCCUAUUUUUAAUGCAGCGCCACUAUAUCAGAGCCCCAAGAGAACUUCGCUGGUCGAUAGUCCUAGGGCUUCGCCUCCUGUCAAAAUAACUGUUGAGAAAACUACUCAGACUGAAAAUAAGUUACCGAAAUGGAAGCAAUUUAUGUAUUGUCUGAAAGGAGAUGAUAAGUUCAGGAGACAAAGACAAAGAGAAGCUGCAGAUUCAACUAAACCUGGGCAUCACGGAAUUCGUCACAUCAACAGUGUAUCCUUGAUUGACAGAGCUGCCAGAAUUCUAUUUCCAACAUCCUUCGGAGUUUUUAAUCUUUUCUAUUGGUUAAUCUACAUUAUGACUCAAGAAAAUUUCAAAUGGGGUGAUAAUAAGUUAAAUCCUCAAAGCCAUUGAAUAAGUCUAGUUGAUUUGACAUAUUCAACCCGACAAGUUAUCGGUAUUUCUACGGUCGUAGUAAAUACUGUUGGGAGAAUUACGUUUUACGGCCAUUUACUGAGGAAAUUUCUACGGUACCAUUUAUUGUUUUGGGAAAUCUGUAUAGACUUUACCUAUGAAAUAAAUAAAUGCAAACUAGGAAUAUACAAAUUUAUUUGUAAGAAAAACUAUAUUAGGUAAUUAUAAAAACAGUUUAAUAAAUAAAAUAUGUAUUUCAGGUGAGAUUGUGUAUAAAUUAAAAUCUAUAACUUUGAUUUAAAUAUAAAGAAAACGUUAUUUACAAAAUAUACUAAAUAUAUAGGUACUUAUAUUAAAAUAGCAACAUAAUAUAUAGUAGAAAAAUAUAACAUACAUUUUUAUUUUCAACCAUGAUAGAAAAUAGAAAUGUUUCAGCAAGUGUGCGGUAAUGUUUUUAUUUGAAAGCUACUUUUUUCGGCAACCAUUCGGAAAGUUUUUUGGGAGGCAACUUAGAUAUGAGUUUAUCUCUUUCUAAAAUUUGGCAGUGAAAUCAUUAUUUUUUUAAAUCUCCACCGUUUAGAGAGUGAACCCUUCUUAAGGACCUGUUUAUUGUUUUUGUAUUAUUUGUAUAUUUUGUAGCUAUACGCGCUGGUCAGAAGUGGCGGUCAGAAAUUUAAGUCCGCGACCCCUAGUGGCAGACAUAAGCCCGAUAUACUCAGAGUACGCAAAUUUUUAUGAAAACUGCCACUAGGGGAAUUUGAAUUUCUAACCGGCUUCUAUACACCUUAAGAUGCUCAUAUAGGUAUUCCUUCUAACUGUAUUUGGCAUCCCUUCUUCCUUGGACAUUUUGCAAGUUGACCCUCGUAUAAUAAUGACAUUACAUGUCAAAAUCCAGACAGUUUUAAUUUAAGUGUGUUUUACAUAAUUUCGUAAGCGUCACGGUAUCAAAAUUCUCUCAAAUUUGACAAAUUUUUCUUUAAUAUACAGGGUGCUUCUGAAUAGUGGGAUCAAGCUUCUAGGAUAAAAAUAGUUCUCAUUAAAAUAAAAAAAGUUAAUAGAAAAAUGGGUUCGCGAUUGUUCAGUUUCCGAAAUACGAGGUGUCAAAGUUUGAAAAAAAGUCGUUAUAUAUAGUAAUAUUUUUUUUCUAGUUUUUUUUUUUCUUCGUGAGUAGAGUUGCAAAAUUACCGAUAAAAUUAAUUUCGGUAAAAUUACCGGCAAUUUUGAGUAAUAUUACCCGUAAAAUUGGUAAAAUUGAAAAAUAUUAUCUUGGUGAUUCUACAAUGAUGAAAAAUGCUUUGAUUGUAGAAUACCUACUUAUGGUGGUAAGAUGAACUUUUUUGAGAAAUAAAUUAAACAUUCUUGUGCUUGUGCAAAAUCAAAAUUUAAAAUAUAUUGGAUAGGUUCUUAUAUUCUGAUAUUCUUUGAUAAUUAUUAUUAUCGAUAUCGUAUCAAUAUUAUUGUCUAUUUUCUGAUACAGAAAUACAGAGAGACAAACGUAGAAAUCAACAUGUACAAAGUCUCUACUGUUACGACACACGUGUUUUCCGGUAAUAUGCAAACUUGGAUAGUUUUUAAACUAGCUGGAUAGUUUAUAAACUAACCAGCCCAUUUGCUAUUUUCUCACUAAAAUAACAGCUCAUUUGCAAACUAACCAAGAGUAUUGGCUAAUUUACUUGAAAUUAUUGAUGGCCAUUUGCACCGCUAUCACUUAAGGGAUAUUUAAAUUAAGUGGAGCUUUUGAAUGCGACUUUUGUUUCUACGAAAGUCACAUUCAGAGCUCCACUUGGAUUAAAUAUCCCUUAAGUUAUAGCAGUGCAAAUGGCCGUGAGAAAACUAAAAUUGGUUAGUUUAUAAACUAUCCAAUGCAUCCUGGCUAAUAUGAAAACCCUUAUUUCUAGUGACCACAUUGCAUCACUCAGUGAUGUAAUGAAAGUAACUAAUUUUUAUUGAAAAAUGGCACUUUUUAAAAUUCAUUCAUUAAAAAUUAUAAAUAUAAUCUUUUGUGAAAAAUUAAAACCAUUUUAAAUAUAUGAAAAAAAACUGGGUCGUAGAUAAAAUGUUGUAUACCUAUCACACGUACGGUAACGCUCAUUACACCACUCGUGUGAUUACCACGACUCGGUCUACGACCUCGUCUUGGUAAUAUUUCCCACUAGUUACUGUAAUGAAGCUCACACCGUACUAAUAAUAUAAAUAAGUAAUACAUACCCUACAUGUAAUCUAAAGUUCAAUUUAUCGUUUCUUAAAAUUCUUACUUCUAAUAGAUAUUUAUGUUAUAAGGAUCAUAAUGAUUGUUUAUGAUCCGAAUUUCAUUAAAUAUUUUAUAUUCCGGCGAUUAUAGUCAAUACAUACAAAAUAUAUCGGAAAUAAUUAAAGAAAGCUAAUUUUCAGCAGCAUUUUUAAUCGUUGUCUCUGGGGCUGUUACAAAAUUCAAUUUUUUACUCUAAAAACUACAUAAAUUAUUUGAAAAUACAUAAUUAGGAAAUUAUCGGAAAAGAGGCUAUAAAAAAAUGUUUCGAAAGCUUCAGGUUUUAUAUUAAAAACGUAUUUUUUUCGAAAACUUUGUUAUAUAAUAUUACCAUACAGCGGUAAUAGGGUUUUAUUGAAUAACAAAUUAACACAGCGAAAAUAUGAUGGAAAAAAAAUCAAUAUUUUUCAAGAAUUUGUUUUUUUUACUUAUUAAUUUUGUCAAUUUGUAUGCAAAAUUUCCAGUGUAUAUACACAAGCCACAACCUAUGUAGCCCCCCCCCCCCUCCCCCCAAACACAUUUUCUGGGUGCACCACUGGGAAUCCCCAAAAAUCUGUUAAAGUCUCCCAGAAUUUCAUAAUUUAGUGGAAUUUCGGUAGAAUUAUGUUAUAUUCUAAAAAAGGAAUUACAUGCGAAAUUGUUGCGUUCACAUUAAAUUUUAGUUCUUCACGAAUUACAUUAAAUUUCAGUAAAAUUCCGAUCGAAUUACACGAAAUCCUAAAUGAAUUGCAUGGAGAAAUUCUAAACAAUUAUAUGAAAUUACACCGAAAUUCCCAAAUAAAAUUUCAGUUCUUAUUGAAUUUUGGUAAAAGUCCAGAAAAUUCCACAAGUGGAAUGCCGAGGAAUUUCCGGCUAAAAACAUGGAAUUUCGGUGAUAUUCCGAAAAAUUCCCAUGUAAUGACAUGAAAUUUUAAUAUAUUCCGAGAAAUUUUCAAGAAAUUACUUGAAAUUUCAUUAAUAUUCCCAGAAAUUUCUGGCUAUUAAAGAAGAAUUUCAGUGAAAUUCCUAAAAAUCCUUAUGAAAAUAAUUGAAAUUUUAAAAAAUUCCUUGAAGUUUCAAUGGACUUUCGAGAAAUCUUCAGCUAUGAACGUGGAAUUUCAAAAUAUUCUCAUAAAAUUUUAGUGAAUUCCGAAAAAUUUUUAAGAAAUUUUACAUGAAAUAUCAAUGAAAUUCCGAAAAAUUUUAUGGAAAUUUUGUGGAAUUCCAGGAAAUUUCAGUGGUGAAAUUUUGGGGAAUUUGAAUAAAAUUGAGAAAAAAAAAAUAUGGAAUUUUGAAAUUGAAAUUUAAGUGGAAUUCCGAGGAAUUUUAUGAAAUUCUAUACAGUAAUUCCGAAAAAAAUUUGUCUAAGAAUUCCAUAAAAUCUUCUGUUGAAAUGUUAAGGAAUUUCUAUGGAAUCACUUGAAAUUUUCGCGGAAUUCGUAUGGAAUUAACUUGAAAUUUUAGUGGAAUUCCGAAGAAUAUCAUGAAAUUUCAUAGUGUAAUUCCGAGGAAUUUUUGUUCAAGAAUUCCAUUGAAUUUUAUUGUGGAAUUCCAUGAAAUCUUAUGGUGAAAUUUGGGAAAAUAUUAUGAAAUCUUAUACAUAGUAAAAUUUUUUGGAGUUUCCGUUUUCAAAUGUUAAAUUUGAAUGGAAUUUCGAAGAAUUCCAUAAAAUCUUCUGGCCAAAUUCUAAGGAAUUUCUAUAAAAUUAAAUAAAAUUUUCAUGGAAUUCCCAUGGAAUAACUUGAAAUUUUAAUGGAAUUCCGAAGAAUUUCAUGAAAUCUCAUAGUGUAAUUCCGAGGAAUUUUUGUGCAAAUUUUCCAUUAGAUUUUAUAAUAGAAUUCCAUAGAAUCUUAUGAUGAAAUUCGGAAAAGUAUUAUGAAAUCUUAUAGUAAAAUUUCUAAGAAUUUACGUUUUUCCAUUCAAAUUUAUAACUUGAAUGGAAUUUCUAGGAAUUCCAUAAAAUCUUCUGGUGCAAUUCUAAGGAAUUUCUAUGGAAUUGACUAAAAUUUCCACGAAAUUCCCAUGGAAUAACUGGAAAUUAUAGUGGAAUUCCGAAGAAUUUCAUAAAAUCUUAUAUUGUAAUUUCGAAGAAAAAAAAAAUACCAAGAAUUCCAUUAAAUUUUAUGGCGUGAAAUGGGAAAUUUUUGCGGAAUUUCCAUAGAAUUUACAUUAAAUUUUAGUUCCUCUCGAAUUACAUGAAAUUUCGAGAAAUUACAUGAAAUUUCAGGGAAUGUCAUGAAAUCCUGAAUGAGUUGCAUGGAGGAAUUCUAAACAAUUACAUUGAAUUACACCAAAAUUCCCAAUAUGAAAUUUCAGUGCUCGUUAAAUUAUAUAAAGAAUUUUAAAAAAUUACAUGAUUUCCAAGGAAUUUUCGUCGAAUUAUAUUAUAAAACUCCGAUGCAAUUGCAUGAAAUUCCAAGGAAUUGUCAGGGAAUUACAUGAAAUUUAAGUAAAAUUUUGAACAAUUCUCAUCGUUUCAUAAGGAAUUCGAGUGAAAUUCCGAAAAAUCCUAAUGUAAUUACAUGAAGUUUUAUUUUUAUUCCAAGGAAUUCCCAGUUAAAAACAUGAUAUUUUAGUGAAAUUGAAAUUCCGAAAAAUUCCCAACGAAUUACCUACUGAAUUUUAGUAAAAUUAGAGAAAAUUUCAAAAGUGGAAUUCCGAGCUAAAAACUUGGAAUUUCGGUGAAAUUUGGAAAAAAUCCCAUGUAAUGAUAUGACAUUUCAAUAUAUUUAAGAGGAAUAUCGGUGAAUUCUCAAGAAAUUUCUUGAAGUUUCAUUAAUAUUCUCAGAAAUUCCUGACUAUUGAAUGAUAAUUUCAGGAAAAUUCCGAAAAAUUCUCAUGAAAAUAAAUGAAAUUUUGAAAAAAAAACUGAAGUUUCAUUGGGAUUUCGAGAAAUUUUCGACUAAUAGGUAUCGUGGAAUUUCAGUGAAAUUUUAUAAAAUUCUCAUAAAAUGUUAGUGAAAUUCCGAGAAAUUUCUAAGAAAUUACAGGAAAUGUCAGUGAAAUUCCAGGAUAUUUCAGUAGUGAAGUUUUGAAGAAUUUCAGUAAAGUUUCAAAAAAAAAUAUGGAGUUUGGAAUUUCUAUAGAAUUUUGGAGAAUUUUAGUGGGAUUUUGAAAAAAAAAAAAAAUUAUGAAAUAUUCACAGAAUUUCUAUCAAAUUAUUAUAUAAAUUCACUCUGUGUCGACUUACAUAAAAUUUCGAUGAAAUGUCGAGUGAAAUUCCAAGGAAUUCUUGUCGAAUUACAUACAUGGAAUUCCUUGAAAUCUUAUUGUGAAAUUCCAGUGAAAUUACAUGGAAUCCGAAGAAUUCCCUUGGAAUUAAACAAAAUUUUCAUGGAACCACGUGAAAUUUCAGCGGAAUUUCGAAGAAUUGAAUUAAAUUUUAGUGAAAUUCUGAAUAAUUUCUGUCAAAUUACAUAAAAUUUUAGUAAAAUUCCGAGAAAUUUCAUGAAAUCUUGUAAUGUAAUUCCGAGGAACUUUUGUACAAGAAUUCCAUUGAAUUUCAUGAUGGAAUUUCAUGGAACCUUAUGGUGGAAUUCGGAAAAGUAUUAUGAAAUCUUAUAGUAAAAUUUCUAGGAACGUUUUUCCAUUCAAAUUUAUCACUUGAAUGGAAUUUUAAGGAAUUCCAUAAAAUCUUCUGGUGAAAUUCUAAGGAAUUUCUAUGGAAUUGACUAAAAUUUUCGCGGAAUUCCCAUGGAAUAACUGGAAAUUUUAGUGGAAUUUCGAAAAAUUUCAUGAAAUUAUAUAUUGUAAUUUCGAAGAAAAAAAUAUUCCAAGAAUGCCAUUGAAUUUUAUGGUGUGAAAUGUGACAUGUGAAAUUUUUGCGAAAUUUCCAUAGAAUUCACAUUGAAUAUUAGUUCCUUUCGAAUUACAUGAAAUUUCGAGAAAUUACAUAAAAUCUUGAAUGACUUGCAUGGAGAAAUUCUAAACAAUUACAUUGAAUUACACUGAAACUCCCAACAUGAAAUUUCAGUGCUCGUUAAAUUACAUAAAUAAUCUUAAAAAGUUUCCAAAAAUUACAUGAUUUCCGAGGAACUUUCGUCGAAUUAUAUGGAGCUCCGAUGCAAUUGCAUGGAAUUGCAAGGAAUUGUCAGGGAAUUAUAUGAAAUUCAAGUGGAACAAUUCUUAUCGUUUCAUAAGGAAUUCCAGUGAAAUUCCGAAAAAUCCUAAUGUAAUUACAUGAAGUUUUAUUUUUAUUCAGGAAUUCCCAGUUAAAAACAUGGCAUUUUAGUGAAAUUGAAAUUCUGAAAAAUUCCCAUCGAAUUACUGAAUAUAGUAAAAUUAGAGAAAAUUUCACAAGUGGAAUUUCGAGGAAUUUCCGGCUAAAAACUUGGAAUUUCGGUGAAAUUUGAAAAAAUUCUCAGGUAAUGAUAUGCAAUUUCAAUAUAUUUCGGAGGAAUAUCAGUGAAUUUUCAAGAAAUUACUUGAAGUUUCAUUAAUAUUCCUGAAUAUUGAAACAGAAUUUCAGUGAAAUUCCGAAAAAUUCUUAUGGAAAUAAAUGAAAUUUUCAAAAAAAAAUUUGAAGCUUCAUUGGGAUUUCGAGAAAUUU